CGGGAGGACAUAUCGAGGCCGAAAAAAGUUUGCGAUGUAACACUCCGGAUCGAGAAAAGAAUGAUCUGUUGGCGCGGGUUCGCGUAUGCUGCAUUUUGUUCCAUACCAGGCAUACCUUAUGAUUUGUUUUUCUUGCUAUUACUAUCGGGCAUUCUAUUGUUGUUUCAUAUCUCCGACGAUCUGGUCUGGCGGGGACGCAUCGGAUGUUGUUCAAGCUGAAAUUGCAAGUGGAUGGCUUCUGGUGGAUUUGUUCCUUUGCGUUUGGACGGUUGCCCUAGCGAAAUUGCUGCACUGGAGGGUUUGACCCGUUUGAUUGUUUGACUUGUAGGCUUGUAAGUGGUAGGCUAGGACGGAGAUACCCGACUA